AUGUUCCCGGUCCUCUUCCUGGGGUUGUCCCUCCUGUCCUUCCCCUCUCUGGCUCUGCUCAGAAUUCUGCCCAUGCGAGGCUGGUCCAAUGAGGUGGAGGCCCCCCACGGCUGUGGACCCUGCCAGGAAGAGCGCUGUCCCCCGGCACCCCAGCGUUGCCCGGCCGGCAGGGUGAGGGAUCGCUGUGGCUGCUGCUGGGAGUGCGCCAACGUGGAGGGGCAGAUGUGCGACCUCCCCUGGAUGAAGCAUCAGUUUGGGACCUGCGGAGAGGAACUGAGGUGCCGGGUGAAGGUUGGGCACAGCGAGGAACCCCAAUGCGUCUGCCCCAGCCAGGAGAGCAUGUGCGGCACCGACCGCAGGACCUACAAAAACAUCUGCCGCUUACAGGAGGCCGCCAGGACCAGGCGGAGGACGGUGCUGAAUGUGCAUCACCCAGGACCCUGCCGGGAAGCUCCGGUCCUCCUCAGCUCCCCGCGGGAUACGGACGCUGUGAUUGGUCAGACGGUGAUUCUGGGCUGUGAGGUCUCAGCUCAGCCAGUGGCGGAACUGGAAUGGAGGAAGGACGGCAUUGAGGGGCCCCUCCCGGGGGACAGCGGCCACAUCAUCGUCCAGUCUCGGGGGGGUCCUCACAGACAUCAUGUGACCGGCUGGCUGCAGAUCCACAACGUGCGCCAACGUGACGCCGGAACCUACACCUGUCAUGGCCGAAAUGUGUACGGAGAGGUGGCGGCGUCAUCCCAGCUCAGCGUCAUCUCACCCG